UUAAAAGCCAUAGCCAAUGAACAGACUUUAAGCAAGACAGUUCCUCAGUCAAGAUUCUCCUUCACAGCCUGCAACAUUCAUUUCCACUAGCUAUCAUGAAAGAGCAAUCACCAUUUUCCUCUUCCGUCACCCAUGGAUGGAGUUACGAUGUCUCUCUCAAUUUUAGAGGUGAAGACACUCGCUUUUAUUUUGCUAUAAAUCUCUACAAAUCUCUGCAUCAAAAGGGUAUCCAUACCUUUAGAGACAAUGAGGGGCUUAGAAGAGGAGAAGGGAUUACUCCAUCACUUGUUAAAGCAAUCCAAGAGUCUACAGCCGCUAUCACAAUUUUCUCUGAAACUCAUGCUUUGUCAACAUUUUGUUUAGAUGAGCUUGUUCAGAUCCUUGAGCGUAUACAGAGAAAAGGUCAGUUGGUUUUGCCAAUUUUCUAUGGUGUCGAACCACCGGAAGUGCGGCAUCAGAGAGGAAAUUACAAAGAAGCAUUUGCUCAACAUGAGAAAAGGUUCAACAAUGAUAAAAAGAAAGUGCAAAAAUGGAAGCAGUCUCUACGAGAUGCUGCUGAUAUUGCUGGUUUUCAUUUCAAACCUGGGCAAGAACAUGAAUGUGAUUUAAUUGAAAGGAUUGUAAAAGAGGUUUCUAGGAGAAUUAACCGCAAGCCUUUACACAUUGCCAAUUAUCCAGUUGGACUUGAGUAUAUGGAGUGA